AUGGCUGCUUUACCUGUUGAAUGUCUCUUUGAUGUUUUCAAACAUGUUGAUGACAUAAAAACACUUCAUUCUAUUGUACUUACCAAUAGAACCUGGUGCCAUGAAGCAAUUCAUUUGCUUUGGAACGAUCCAUUUCAACCUACCAAGAAAAAAAAUAGAAAUAUAUAUAAAAUUAUUACAAUUUUAUUAUCAUAUAUUCCAGUGGGAUGUAAAUCUUUUCUUAAAGUUAACAAAAAAAGGCUUAAUAUCCCUAAGACAACCACGUUUAAUUAUCCACUUUUCAUAAAAAAUAUCGAUUUUGCAACUUUGUUUUCAAGUAUUCACCAAUGGAUAAAAAAAAAUCAUCGUGCACGUCCAAAAUUACGAGAAGAUUAUUUUGUAAAUAAUGUUUCAGAAUACGCUACAUUUUUUGAAUUUGAUGAUUAUUUUGAUGUUUGGGAACAAGAGAAAUUAGCUUUUGCGCAAGCUAUUUUUAACGUAAUUCUUGACAACAGUUCUUCAAUCAAAAAACUUUUAAUCUGUUUACCAGAUAACAGUGAUUAUUUAUCAAGCUGCCUUGGUGCAUAUUUUGACGAAUUAUUUACAACUCCUGAAGCCAUCCAACAUUUAUCAAAGCUUGAACAUUUUGAAUGUAGCGGAAAUUUUUUAAAGGCUGACUUUAUUAGAGGUGUGAUGGAAUAUGCAUGUAAUAUUAAAACGCUUUCAAUUGAAUUGUCAGAAGAUGAUUAUGAGCCAAUAGAACAAUUAAGCCUUGGAAUCUCUAAACAAAAAAGUUUGGAAGCCCUAUGUUUGAUUUGCAAUGAUGAUGAUGAUGUUACAGAAAUCUUUACAAGUUUGAAUGGAGUAUCAGGAUCUCUCCAAUCACUUGAAGUCACCAACGGAAUUCUUGACAGUGAUCUUUCAAGUGAAUAUUUGGAACGAUGCAUCCAAUUAAAAAAUUUGGCCUUUACAAAUCUUGACGUUUUUGGAGACAAGAAGCCAUUUGUUAAUGUAGUGUUUCCACAUCUUGAAACAUUUUCAUUUACUGAUACGUAUUUUGAACUAGAAAGUGACAUCCAGGAAGAUCAUCACUGCGAGAUUAUUACGCAAAUUAUUCAAAAUAAUGGACGAUCAUUAAAUAGUCUUAGUAUACUUGUAUAUUUGAAUAUUUGUCCAAGUUUUCCGAAUAUUAUUUUACAAAAUUGUCAAAAUCUUAGACAAUUUAUUGUAAGGAUUAGUUCAUUUGAACUUAUACCAUGUUUAUUUGAUAUACUACGUGAAUGUAAGAAUAUAGAGACACUCUGCAUUCUAGCAACAUCAAGUGAAGAAAUUAUUGUAGUUGAUAAAUUCAUGACAGAAUUUACACAACUCUUACAAUCUAAGCUUCGUUUUCUUGAUAUAACCGGUUGGGCAUUUGGGCAAAAACAAUUUAUAAAGCUUUUAGAUUGCUGGUCAGGUCCUUCAGGUAGUUUGAAGUGUAAUGUUAAAGAUAUUAAAGAUGAUAAAAAUUUUCGAAUUUCGAUUAAGAAACAUAUACGGAUUGGAAAUAGAACGUUAACUAAUUCUAAGUUCAAACGAAUAGGAAGAUAUUGGUUGGUUGAUAUGGAGUGGCACUAA